GAAGCAGAGAGACCAGAGGAAGAAAAAGCUAGUGCUCCACCCCCACCUGGAAGUGAAGAGGAAGCUGCAGAAAAUGGCGUUGUGAAAACGAAGGUGGCAGAAGCUGAGGAUGACAGUGAUAGUGAUAGUGAUGAUGAUGAAGAUGAUGUUCAAGUCACCAUAGGGGAUAUUAAAACAGGAGCUCCACAGUACAGUUAUGGAGCGGCACCUGUGAAUCUCAAUAUUAAGUCAGGAGGACGAGCUUAUGCGUCUUCUGGUGCAAAAGUUAAAGGGGUCGAUCUAGAUGCACCAGGGAGUAUUAAUGGCGUGCCACUUCUGGAAGUAGAUUUAGAUUCUUUUGAAGAUAAACCUUGGAGAAAGCCAGGGGCUGAUCUCUCUGAUUAUUUCAACUAUGGGUUCAAUGAAGAUACCUGGAAAGCUUACUGUGAAAAACAAAAGAGGAUACGAAUGGGUCUUGAAAUUUUACCAGUUACCUCAACCACAAAUAAAAUUACGGUACAGCAGGGCAGAACUGGAAAUUUGGAGAAAGAGUUGGCAGUGCAGUCGACCAAAGCUGAUUUCACAUCUCCUCCUGCCUUAUUCAAAUCAGGAAUUCCAACAAACAGGCGAUUAUCUGGCACAAUAGAUGUGAUUGGACAGACCAUCACUAUCAGCAGGGUGGAAGGACGACGGCGUGCUAAUGAAAACAGCAACAUACAGGUUCUUUCAGAACGAUCUAAUCCUGAAGUAGACAAUUUUACCAAGCCACCUCCAUUUUUCCCUCCAGGAGCUCCACCUACCCACCUUCCACCACCUCCUUUCCUCCCACCCCCUCCAACUGUCAGUACUGCUCCACCUCUGAUUCCCCCACCAGGUAUACCAAUAACAGUACCACCACCAGGCUUUCCACCACCACCUGGCGGUCCUCCACCUUCCCUCAUACCCACAUUAGACAGUGGACAUUCUUCUGGCUACGAUGGUCGUUCUGUUCGUGCGUUUUCCUAUGGCAGUG